AUGUCAUUGGGUGCAGUGGAUGAGACGGUAGGUGACCUCCCGGUGAGAGAUGUGGGAUGGAGAGGACUCAUACCUGUGCCCCAAGACAUAGAUCAUGAUGCAAAAAACUGGAGAAGACCACCACAGGUGCUGAAGAUAAGGGAUCGUCAGCGUUUAUUCAAAGUACCAUGUGAGCAGCUGGAAGAUCAGUAUCUACGUCUCAAGGAGGAGAACACACUUCUCAAACAGCACAGUCGCACACAAGAGCAAAAACUACGCAGGUUGUCAACUAAACUGCUGAGAUUAAAGCAAGGACCUGAGGCUGUGGCAAGGGAUGGCGAACUGGAGGACACCAUUCAAGAGCUGGAGGCACGUGUAGUGACUCUAGAGAGCCAGAAGGGGACACUGCAGAGUAAACUCAAUCUAGCCAAACAACAUAUUUUGGACCUGGGUGUCAGAACCCAUAACAGACCACGGACAGGUGAAUCUGUGGAUGGGGAUGCAGGUGUCAGGCAAGCUGCUCAAACCGCUCCUGCUCGCUGUGGCUUCAGUUCAAUGGAUGAGGCCAGAGGAGAGAUAGACAGAUUACUUGCCUUACUCAGAUCUGCCAUCACAGAAACCCAGCAAGAAAGGGUGGCAGAGCAGGAGUUUACGUCUCUCAGAGAGACACUCAGACACAAAGAGAAAGAAAUCGAGAGUGUCCUGAAAGAUUUACGCAGACAACAAGCUGAUGGAUACAGGCUCACCAUAAAGGAUAAUGUAGAUGUGAUCAAACUCCAGAAGCAGCUCUCUGAAAAGAGCGCAACCAUUCUGGUCAUUCAGGAAAAGUUCACUGUUCUUCAGGAGGCUUACGAGAAUCAGCUUGAGGAGGAACAAAAAUCUUUAAAAGAGAGUCAAGGAGCAUUGCUGGGAAAGGUGGAGGAAUUUAGCGAAGAGUUGAAACAAGAAAAACAGAGAGUGUUGACAUUAGAAGAGCAGCUCAACAACGCCACACUUUCACUGCAAGCUCUGAGAGAGCUUCAGGAGAGAGUUUUAGAUCUAGAGGAGGAGCGGAAUCUUUUAAAGAAGAGCUAUGAUUCACUUCUGGAGAGCACAAUGCCUAGCCAGAGCCAUCAACAGCCACAUGAGGAUGAAGAUGGAAAAAGGGAAACACUGAGAGAAGACAGAUGGAGAGAUGAGGUACAGAGGCUUGAAGAAAGACUUCAAGAAGAGACAAAAGAGAGGCGGAUACUGGAGAAGGAGAAUGAAAAGCUGAAACAAGAAAAUGAGGAAGUUCAGAAGGAAAAGGAAUGGAACAGAGAUAUAGUUAUGUCCUUCAGAGACAAACAUGACUGCUUGGAGCGAGAAGUCCUGCAACACAGACACAAAGUCACAACUUUACAAGAGAAACUAGAUUCUGUUACAAAAGAGUUUGAUAUGAGUGUAGAAGAUCUGAGUGAAACAUUACUGCAGAUUAAGGCCUUCAGAAUGAAACAAGAAACUCAAGCUUUGAUGCACUUCUUGAAAUCUGAGAGGAGGUUGGAAGAUUCAUCAGAUGAUUUGACUGCCUUACAGGCUUCAUAUGCAGAAACUGUGCUAGAGCUCCAGAAAACUCGAGACUUAUUAUUACUACAACAUCGCCUAAAUGCUGACCUUCAGAAGGAAAUGAAGACCGUUAUGGAGAGACAUGAAAGAGAAAGUGAGGAGAACAAGAGAAGGUUGGGUGAGAAAGACAAAGUGUUGAAUAGCAGAGCUCUUCAAAUCACCAAUUUGCAAGUUCAGCUCAAGGAGUUAGCAUACAGCCCUACAAACUAUAAACGGACCACACUGCCCCAAACCAUCCCACUGCAGUACACCUGGACAGGACUAGAGCUACAUUCAGUUCAACCCACUGAGGAUGACACUAUAUACAGAAAUGUGCAUGAGGGAGAGUCGCUUCUAGAGAUUCAUUUCACAGGAGCCACAUUUACACCCCUGGGACUGAGACUCAUGGGACAAGACACAGGAGAUCAGCACGGGCUGGUGACGUUUUGCACCUAUGGCUUUCUUGACUUUGAGAGCCUCUCAACACCGAUAAUAUGUGGAGAACAGCCAAAUUAUGGCUUCACGUCACAUUACGCUCUCGCUGCCUUUGACGUGGAGAAGCUCAGGGUUCAAGGUGCUUUUAUUAGCGCUGAACUGCACCAGGGGCUCGGAGGGGUGAGAUUCAUGACCCGUGGCCGAGCGAGGAUCUCUCUACUGGACGCGCUACAGCAGAGAGGUGAACAGAUGAAAAACAGAGCCAACAUUACAGGGGCUGAAGGGGAAGUUAUAGGGAUCCUUGAGUUUUGGAUAUGUUUGCACCCACAGGUGGAACUUUCAGAAUUACUAAUGAAUAAAAAUAUGAGAAGUGUUGAAGCUGCAAGACACACGGAGGUACCGGAGGAAAUAUUUGACUACGGUGGAGGAAUACCCAAUGAGCUUGAGGUUGUAUUGGAACGGUGUGUGGGUCUCAGGACACACUGGCAAGGACUGCUUCCUGAUGCUUUCCUAACUUACCGUCUUUAUGACUUAUCACCUCACUCCACAGCCAUUAUCCAGAGCUGUGCAGAUCCCGUCUUUAAAGACUCAGUGAGAUAUCCAUUAGCAGUCACUAUGGAUCUAUUAGAAUAUCUGAAUGCGGGCAGCCUUUGGGUAUAUGUGUUGGAUGAGAGUGAAAGACAGACGCCUCCCGUGUACCUGGCAAAGACACCAAUCCCACUACGGGCCCUUGCAACAGGCAGACCAAUCAGAGGUGAUUUUGUUCUUCGAGACCCUGCCGGCAAUCCAAGAGGAAUGCUGAGAGCCAGUCUGAGAUGGAAGUAUCCUUUCUAUUCACCCGAAUCAACCUUGAAACAAAGAGAACGAGAAGAACAACAGACAAAGACUGCUGAGAUUUUACAGAGACCCAGUACCAAGUCCAGUCCUCCAUCAGCCCACAGACCCCAAACUGCUCGGCCUCACCCAUCCGUGUCUAAACGGACAUCUGAAAGGGUGUCAGUGACACCCAGUCAAUCUCCAGCUCCGAAACGAAUCCUACCUAUUCAGAGGUCAUAUCCCAGUAAACCUUCAUCUACUUCAACUCAAGCAUCAAGAUCAGUAAGGGGGGAAAACCACCACACUGCACCAUUGCUCGUUCCAGGCAAAGCAUCCAGAAAGACGGGUCACUUGACUCCUGCCAUGUCCAUUAAGUCACAUGAAUCUGAUCGUGUUAUGGACUUCAGACCAUCAGUCUCAGAGCCAAGCAGCCCUCAUAGCCAAAAGAGUGAUUAUAGUGAGUCAAGAGAACAGGAGGAGGAUGAAGACAAGAUGGAGGACAGAUCUCAAAGUGACGUUCUUCAGUCUUAUGAAUCUGGAGAUACAAGUGAAAGUGAUGUUAUUGUAAUUCCGCAUCCCCCGAAGCAACAAAAAAAGGGGGACAUACUGAGAGUUGAAAUCCUGUCACUGUCUUUUAACCCAACCUCCAAUGUCGCAUUUAACCAAUCAGUGAAUCAAGUCUAUGUAGAGUACCGUCUGCUAGGAGUUCCCAUGGAGACAACAGAAACGCCCAUGUCUUUACGUAAACCAACUCAAGGGGAGGAAAUUCAUUAUAACUUCAUGAGAGUUAUUCAUGUAGAUUGUAUAGACGCAGCUCCUCUGAGACAUUAUCUCUACACAAUGCUGGAGGGCACUGACCCCAACCAGGGCAGGUUAAAGUUCACUGUAGUGAGUGAGCCCAUGGAUGAGCAAGAUGAAUGUGAAGAUGUUGGAUUUGCCUAUUUGGAUUUACGGCAACUUCUUUUGACUGGAAAUGAUGUUAUUGAACGGCAAAUCAAUGUUGUCAGUGUGAAUGAGGAGCAGGAGGUGGUGGGAAAGCUAAAAGUAUCUGUAGAGGCUGCACAGACUCUGAAUGGAAUCUAUCAUGAAUAUCAUCAGAUUGAGAAGAGUGACUGUAGAGCACAGACAAACAGCACAGAGGAUGAAGAACGGAUGAAGAGAAACAACGAGAUGCAGGUGCUUGAGAUAGAUGAACACGACAGCGAUUGUUGAUGAAGAUCUAGAAUCUGAAUGCAUUUUGCUUAUUGAAUGCGUCAAGCCACAAAAGGAAAUUUCAUGUCAUUAGCCUGUCCCCAAUGUACACUUUAGAAGUUUAACAUUGACUCAGUCACCAACCAACGUUUUUUAUUAUAUUUAUAUAAGGCUAAUAAAUAAAUGUAUUAUCCUUA